AUGGAUACUGAGAAAAUUACAAAAUAUAUUGAGGACAAUGUCUCCGGUGAUGCCAUGGGUGCCAUCAGUUUGUUCAUUGCUGUUGCAACUAUGUUCUUGUGGAACUAUGUUAGUAGAAAGAAUGAAGCCAACUUCGGCAAGAAGAAAGCUCCAACAAUGGACCCCAAACCAAUCGCAUUGAAUCCAACCGAACAAUUGGAAAACAUCUUUCUAAGAUACGAAAACGAAUUUAAGGACCGUAUUGCUAAGAUCAUGGAACUUUAUAGCCCAGAUGAUGACAAAGAUGUUUACGAACGUAACUACUGUAACGAGAUGUUGUUGAAAUUGUUGAUUGAGUUAGAUGGCGUUGAUCUAUUAGCAUUGGAAGGUGAAGAAAGAAAACAGUUGAGACAAAGAAGAAAGGAUAUUAUUAAGGUUAUUCAAAAUGAAUUGGUUAAGCUUGAUUCCUUGAAAUAA